AUGGCGAAUUGUUCUUCAACUGGACAUGCCACAAAUCUUAUUCAACCAGCUUCUUCCAACCGUCUCCCAACUCGGUUUUAUCUUUCCACAAAAUAUAUUCCAAUUGUUGCAACAUGUCCAUUUUGUCUUGCUGCUCCUGAGACGACUCUACAUGUGGUGGUGCGGUGCUCUUUUGCUCAAAGUUGUUGGAGCAAGGUUCCAAUUAGUGUUGUGGCGCCUGAUGCCAUGUUGUUCUCGAGUUGGUUCGAAGCGGGUUUGGCAUCGUGGAACACGACUGAAGCUCUUGAGGCUGGUAUGGUGUGUUGGUCAGUUUGGACACAUCGUAACGAUUUGGUUUGGAACUCCAAACACCCUGAUGCGAGUGAGGUAGUGGCAAUAGCAAAGUUAAAUUACGUUGAAUGGUUUAAUGCUCAAAACCUUAAUGUCACAGAUGCAAGGUUAAACUGGCCAACUGCACUACCCGUGGAGCAAUGGACAACACCUGAUUUCCCUUUUGUCAAAGUUAAUGUCGAUGGUGCACUUUUCUCUGUCCAAGGGCAGUAUGGACUGGGUUUGAUUGCAAGGUCUGCUGCGGGUAUGGUCUUGGGGGCCAGAAUUCUAUCUAGAGAAGGCUCUUUGCAACCUCAUAUUGUCAAAGCCAUUGGUAUCAAGGAAGCUCUCUCUUGGAGUAAAGCAAAUAGAUGGUCACAUGUUGUAGUUGAGUCGGAUUGUUCAAGGGUCAUUAAUGAUUUGCAAAAGUUCAAAAAUAUGGCUUAUGAUCAUAUUUUUUAUGAUUGUAUGACUCUGGUUGCUGAUUUUAAUGUUGUUUCUUUUAUUUUUGCUAAACAGUCUGGUAAUAAGGUUGCGCAUGCCUUGGCGCGAUCUUCUCUUUCUGAGAUUGACCAUACUUUUAGUAGGGAUUCCCUACCUUUUGUUAUUGCAUCCUUGAUCUUGGAUGAUUUAAUUUAA